CAUUGCGCCGACAGCCGGCGAUUUUUUAGUGCAGUGUUUUCAUCACUGACUUAAAAUGGUGGCAGUGGGUUGUGGUAGUAGUAGGUGUGUGGUGUAAUGAACGUUUGGGAUUGUGUGUUAGUUUUAAUUGUUUGCACUUCGAAAAUUAUGUAACAUAGCUUGUCGUGGAAAUUGGUGUAUGCAAAAUGAGCGCCGGGUAUAAUUCUUCGGAAGUUUGUCGUUUAUGCACGACUGGCGGUGGGCUGAGGAUGCACAUAUUUGACAAGGAAGGGGAACAAAGACAGCUGCUCUUCAAAAUUAAAUCGUGCUUACCUAUCAUGAUAUCAAAGGAAGAUACCCUUCCAAAGAAAAUAUGUUACCGCUGUGCAUACAAGUUGGACAUGUUCUACGAGUUCCGAUUGAGUUGCCUGAAUUCUGAGAACAUGUUGAAGAAUGUAACAGAGAAGCAGUUACCUGUCGAGAAUGGACAGAGAGAUGAGGUGCAAGUAAAGUCUGAAAAAAUGGAAGAAGUGCAGAAAUCUACUUACACAGAAGCAAUGCAGCAGCAUAUGGCGCAGAUAAAUGCAAUGCAUUGUAAACCUCAGCAAGAUGAUAAGUCUUCCGACAGAAAUGCCGGACAGAAAAAUCCAAAUUGUCAGAACGGUACCCGCUUGCCUGAGUACCCAACAACACUUAAAGUUCCGCAGGUUUCUCAACCAAAUCCAGAUAUUUAUGGCAGUAAACAAGCAUCUGAACCGACGUUUGUUAUUCCCGACGACGGUUUGGGAUUCGAUGACGGCGUUAGAGUUCUCAGAGCUUUGGGUACAUGGUCACCUGAUUACACUAACAGUUUGGGCCGUACUGGAAUGCUACAUGUACCAGAACAGCACUAUGGGGAAGUAGCAAAUAGUGUCAAUAAUGGUAGUUAUGGUCCUCAAAGGAAAGUAUCUCCCUCCACAACUAACCGAAGCAAAGGAGCUUCAAAAGGUGAUGGUGCUAACAGUUCUUCCAGUAAGAGCUUUGCCUGUACAGUCUGUGGUAAGGGAUUAGCUCGUAAGGACAAAUUAGUUAUUCAUAUGCGCAUCCAUACCGGUGAGAAACCAUAUAUUUGUGAAGUGUGUAAUAAGGCAUUUGCUCGCCGUGAUAAACUAGUGAUUCAUAUGAACAAAAUGAAACAUAGAACACCAACCAACAUAGCCCCUUUAGGCAAACGUUCAAUAGUACCUGACAAGAAUGGUAUGUUGAUGCAACAACAGCACCAGCAGCAGCAACAACAGCAGCCAUCACAGUCGCAGCAGCAACCACAGCCUCAGCCCCCACCACACCAGCAACCUCAGCAGCAACAGUCACCACAACAGUCACUUGUUACAGAUAAGAAAUCAUUAUCAGUGAAAUGUGAAGAUGAUGAUAUACCAAGAGGUCUUCCUCUACCUCCACCACAACAGCAGAACAUUAGUUGGAGCUGUGAACUUUGUGGUCGUAUGUUCUCAACUCGAGAUGAUUGGAUGGCACAUGCAAAAAGUCAUCUAGACGACAAAAUGAUUAGUAACAUGCAUCAUCCACAACAGCAUCUUAGCAAUGGAAAUCCGUGUAGCAGUGGUGUUGUAGUCCCCACAUCAGUGCCUGCACCACCAGCUCCUUAUUUUUCCCCUCAUGUACCACACCAUGUGCAACCAUAUGGUGCUAGUGCACCAGAAAGGCAUUUUUGCUUAGUAUGUCGCCAAGACUUCACGAAUAAGACUGAUUUUAUGUUCCAUGUGCGUACUCAUUUUGUUGAAGGGAAGCCACCAGAGUUUGACAUGCUUGGCAAGAGUAAUCUUGUGGAUGGAUCUGGUCUGUGCACUUGAACGUUAAAUAUAUGUAAUUACAUACUAUUUUUACAAUGGAAAAUUUUGUAUUGUUUGCAGAUAUUUAGUGCAAUGUGUACUGUCUUUUUAUGAAGGACACUAUUUUUUAUGUCAUGUGGAAUGUAUACUAAUAAGUCAUAGUUGUUUUAUAGCAUUUUCUGUGUGCUGUGGGUAAUUGUCGUGGCCCUAAUUAUGUUGCAGGAAAUUCAGUUGGCUAAAUGAUUGACAGGUUUUUAUGAGAAGACUUUUUGAGCUAUCUUAUUUUUAUACUAGUUAUCCGGUCAUUGUUCCUACAAUCUCCUGAAUUGAUUAAUUGCUUCAGUUUUUUUGAGUGGCAUUUGCUGUGAUGUGGUUACAUAUAUCUUUUUUAUAAUUGCAUUGUAGUCAAAGUUGCAGCAUGGUUGCGUGUUGGUGUCUUUUAGAAACUAGUUGGCUAUGAAAAUCUUCGAAUUUUAAGUUUUGAAAAAGUGUUGAUACACCUAAUUUUAUAGUUGGUGUAAUAGUAAGGCCCUGAGAACAAGAGAGUAUUUCCGUAAUGUAAUACAUAUCAACGCGAUGAGUACACCUUACAAAAAUCUUUCCUCUAUCAAGUUUGAAAACUGGUUUCAAUAAGACAAUCAAUAUGGUUUAGUAAUCUCUGAAACUUAGUCAUUGAUCAAAAACUGGACAAUAGUAUGUUGGUUACAGAUUUGUUAACAAAUCAUCCUUUAUACAGAUGUUGUAACAACACAGGGUAAAAUUUGAUUUAAACAAUGUAAUGGAUGAAAGCUUUGAAUUGGAUACCUAACAGCAUUGGGAACAUAAUUGAUUCCAUGGUAAGUUGUAAAGUGCAUGAAUGUACUAUUACAACACGUACUAUUUUUCAGUAGACCAGCAAUUAUACUUCUGUUGUUCAAUGAAACUGCAGAAGACUUUGAUCAGAAUAAGGACUAACAUCUGUGAAUAACUUCUUUCCUAAUUUAUUUCUAUUAAAUUGUGUCUACGAUGAUGUGUUGCUACUUGGAAAUGGUUUUUUUUCCAGUGCAUGUAACAGUCUUCCUCACUCUGGUGCUUGUUCCUGUAACGUGCAGUUUUAUGUAUUUAAUUUUAUUGUGUUGUGGAUAUUAGUUAUCUUUAUCUUUAUUUGAAUGUUUUAUUGUGUUGUAUUUUUUAUACACUUUAUUGUGUAAAUGUGUUCCUUCUCAGAUAAGUUGUACACUUGAGUCAAA